CCUACUUUGAUCUGCUAUUGCAAUAGUCCUAUCCAUCGAUUCUAUCCCAUCUCAUCGCCAUCCCAUCAUCUCUUCCAUUUAACUCACUUCCCCAUGUAAAAUUCGUAUUUGCACUAAUUAAGGCAAAUUCCAGCACGUGAGGAAAGGUUGGGUUGAGAUGCAUAGCUUCAAGUCUACUGUAACACAACAAGCUAUUGCUCUCACCAGUUCUGAUGUGUAUUGCCAUUCUCAGCCAUCAUUUUACCUCAGGGGUGAAGAAGGUAGUAGAAAUGGGGCUCGCUUUUCGGAUCUUGGGGAGCUCGAGCAGUCUCCUGGAAAUGGGUUUCAUCAUGAUGAUGCUUUGAACUUAAGCAGAAGCUCAAUGUACAAUGAUUUGAAGGCAAGCGAUGUUUCUGUUGUGUCUAGUAACUUGCAGUUUGGUGGCCUUAACAACAGCUUGGGUUCGGCAGAGAUGGUUUCAUCAGCAACAGGGAUUGACGCAGGCCAAUUCAUGUCACACAAGGGGCCAAUUGUGGAUUUCUGUGGCGGUGGUGGUGCUAUGGGAAAUGGCCAGUUUGAAAACUGGGGUGAUUCAGGGGUGGUGGCAGAUCACAGCCAGCAGACUGACACUUCUACAGACACUGAGGACAAAAACCAGUAUCAUGGAGUGCACAAUGAAAGAUUGAUGGGCGCAGACUCUAUGGACCAAUUGAAUGAGAAAAUCGGAGACCAAAAGACACUGCGUAGGCUAGCUCAGAAUCGUGAAGCAGCUCGGAAGAGCCGAAUGAGGAAAAAGGCCUAUGUUCAACAGCUUGAGAAUAGUCGGCUGAAGCUCACGCAACUGGAGCAGGAGCUGAAAAAAGUACGGCAGCAGGGUGUAUUAGCCGCAUCUGGAUAUCAUGCAGAUCAUUCUCUAGGUGGAAAUGGGAAUGUGGCAUUUGACCUAGAUUAUGCGAGAUGGCUUGAUGAACACCAGCGGCUGAUUAAUGAUCUCAGAAUUGCUGUAAAUUCUCAUGUGGGAGACAGUGAACUCCGGCUUCUUGUUGAGGGCAUGAUAUCUCAUUAUGAUGAGAUAUUCCGCCUUAAGAGUGCUGGUGCAAAAUCAGACGUCUUUCACAUGCUUUCGGGCAUGUGGAAGACUCCUGCUGAGAGGUGCUUCAUGUGGUUAGGAGGAUUUCGCUGCUCUGAGGUUCUUAAGAUACUCGGAAACCAAAUCGAGCCAUUAACAGAGCAACAGUUGGUGGGGAUUUGCAACCUGCAGCAAUCCUCCCAACAGGCUGAGGAUGCCUUGUCUCAAGGGAUGGAAGCUCUUCAACAGUCACUCGUAGAGACACUCUCCUCAAAUGCCCUCGCCCCUCGUAACUCUGCAAACGUGGCUGACUAUAUGGGGCAGAUGGCCAUUGCCAUGAGCAAGCUUGCCACACUUGAGAAUUUCCUUCAUCAGGCCGACCUCCUGAGACGCCAGAUGUUGCAACAACUGCAACGAAUACUAACAACUCGUCAAGCUGCUCGUGCUCUUCUUGCCAUCAGUGAUCACAGAUCAAGGCUCCGAGCUCUGAGCUCGUUGUGGCUAGCACGCCCUAAGGAAUAACGUUGCUGUCUUCUUAUGUUCGUCGACACCCUACUUGGCCUACUCGCCAUGUAAGUAAAGCCUUUUCUAGUGAGACAUGUUGAUCCAUAGCUUAGUGGAGUAGAAAACCUUUUUCUGUAUCUAAGAAUCGUUUAUGCCUGCAAAUUUCUUGAUGAUCAAUAUCUAAGAACCGUUACAAACGUAUGAUCUCAAACUAUCAUUUAUUUAGGGAAAAGAUUUUGGAUAUAUUUCCCAAGAUCAUCAGACUUUAUUUAUAUUUACAUAUCCUUCAACAAAAGAAUCAAUUUUUUCUAAUCUUCAGUUUUCUCAACGCCCUUG